AUGGUUCAACAAAUUAAAUCUGCUGCUGAAUUCGAAAAAGCUAUUGCUACUGAAGGUAAAUUAGUCGUUGUUGACUUCUUUGCUACCUGGUGUGGUCCAUGUAAGAUGAUCUCCCCAAUGGUUGACAAGUUUGCUGUUGAAUACACUGAUGCUGUUUUCAUCAAGGUUGAUGUUGACGAAGUUGGUGAUGUUGCUCAAAAAUACGAUGUUACUGCUAUGCCAACCUUCUUAUACUUCAAAGAUGGUAAGGAAGUUCACAGAGUUGUUGGUGCCAACCCAGCUGGUAUCAAGCAAGCUAUUGCUUCAAACUUGUAA